AUUUCUGCAAGAACAUACUUUGGUUUGUGGCCCGUGACGGGUGGUCGCGAGGUCGGGCCCCGGGCUGGGACCCCCUCCCUCUUCCCGUCCCUGAGCGGGAAGUACCCGGACACCGCCGGUUGUGCAGGGGGCCGCCUCGCCGAUUCCGAGGCACUCUUUUCGUGUGCAAGAGUCGUCAUUGUUCGAGUAGAGGAACCUCGUGAUAGAAAGUGGGCCAAGUGAACAGUACAGCCUCUCCAGUGUGCUUAAAGUGAAGAUCGCUUGAGGUGGGGCGGCCUCGGGACAACACUGUCAGCCCCUACCCCGCCCUAGGACGCAGCUCUUUGCUAUUUCCGGGCCUGAGUAUGCUGUCCUUUUUCUUCCGCCCCAGCAAUACUACGAAAAUGGUUUCUAAAUGGAAACCAGACCGGACUCUUCAAGGCACCAGUGGAGUGGGUCUCCAUGUUGAAAAGAUCUGAGUUAACGAAGAUCCAAGAAUAGUUGAUUCAUCGAAUAAUUGGUUUUUUAAAAAGCCUCAUAUUAUUCUGUCGCUCUUGUGCAUAUCUGUAGACUACGUCAACCCCUGAAUUGAAACUAAAUCAUACUACUGAGUUUAUUACUCUUAGUUUCAGUUUGCCGUGUUGCGGCAAUAAGGAGAAUAGAACUGUAGGAACACGCAGUGGUUGUAUACUUAUCCGUAACUAAAAGGGUACAAUAAAAGAAUACUUCAGGCUACAUAAGUAUUCAGUCUGAGGCCCUUUUAAUUAUUUCCAAAGCUUAACGCUGCUUUAAUUUCAUUAAGCAAGAAACACUUUCUUGGGAAAAACGAAGGAAGCCUUGAUUUUUCUCUUGAUUGAAUUGUUUUUCAAGGAAGAAACUUGUAACUCUCUGUCUUUCAGCAGUUUCAGAAUUACUUGUUAUAGAAUCUUACUGCCAGUUUUCAGUUCAUCUGAUGCCAGAUUACAGUUACUGGUUCUCAAAAGAUGUAGUUGCUUAAUGCACAAUAGUGUGUGCAGAAAUCUGGUGAUAUUUCCUAUAUGUUAACUACAAUAAAGUAGCUUAAAAGAUUUAUUAGUGUAGGCUCUGUAUACUAAAAACUAGUAUUCAGAGAGCACAACUGUGUUAGAAUGGAAUUAUAAUUAUCUUAUCAGGAGAGUUGUCCCCAGUCCCCAUCACAUUAUGCUCUUUACUUUGCAAAGGAAUGUGGACUCCCUGCCUGCGUUUUGGUGAGUUGGCUGUGUACUGGUUUAAAGAAGGAAAUCCAACAUACCAUUUGACCAGGCAAAAUUACUGACAAUUUGAAAUUAGCUUGGAGUUCAGUUAGUAUAUUUUGAGAGAUGGAUAAUAUUUUUCAUCUCAGAAUACAUGCUAGUACCAGUUGUCAUCUACUUGAUUCUGACUCACGGCGACUCCAUGUGUUUCCGAGUAGAACUGUGCUUCCUAGGGUUUUCGUCAGGAAGCAGAUCCUCAGGCCUCUGUUCCACGGCAUCUCUGGGCGGAUUUUAACUGCCACCCUUAGAAUGCCAGGUUUAAGCUGUAGAUUUUAUCAACACAAAUUUCCUGAGGUGGAAGAUGUAGUGAUGGUGAAUGUGAGGUCCAUUGCCGAGAUGGGGGCUUACGUCAGCCUCCUAGAAUACAACAACAUUGAAGGCAUGAUUCUUCUUAGUGAGUUGUCCAGAAGGCGUAUCCGUUCUAUAAACAAACUCAUCCGAAUUGGCAGGAACGAGUGUGUGGUUGUCAUUAGAGUGGACAAAGAAAAAGGAUAUAUUGAUCUGUCUAAAAGAAGAGUUUCUCCAGAGGAAGCAAUUAAAUGUGAAGACAAAUUCACCAAGUCCAAAACUGUGUACAGCAUUCUUCGUCACGUGGCUGAGGUGUUAGAAUACACCAAGGAUGAGCAGCUGGAGAGCCUGUUCCAGAGGACCGCCUGGGUGUUUGAUGACAAGUACAGGAGACCUGGAUAUGGUGCCUAUGAUGCAUUUAAGCAUGCAGUCUCAGACCCGUCUAUUUUGGAUACUUUAGAUCUGAAUGAAAAUGAACGGCGAGUACUCAUUGACAAUAUUAAUAGGCGUUUGACUCCACAGGCUGUUAAAAUUCGAGCAGAUAUUGAAGUGGCUUGCUAUGGUUAUGAAGGUAUUGAUGCUGUAAAAGAAGCCCUGAGAGCAGGUUUGAAUUGUUCCACAGAAACCAUGCCCAUCAAGAUUAACCUAAUAGCUCCUCCUCGGUAUGUGAUGACUACAACCACCCUGGAGAGAACAGAAGGUCUUUCUGUCCUCAACCAAGCUAUGGCUGUUAUCAAAGAAAAGAUUGAAGAAAAGAGGGGUGUCUUCAAUGUUCAAAUGGAGCCCAAAGUGGUCACAGAUACAGACGAGACCGAGCUGGCGAGGCAGUUGGAGAGGCUGGAGAGAGAAAAUGCAGAAGUGGAUGGAGAUGACGAUGCAGAAGAAAUGGAAGCCAAAGCUGAAGACUAACUGUGGGAAACCGAGUCCAAUUUAAGGAAAACAAAGCAGCCCGUCCUGGCUGGACUGCAUAAACCCUAGACUUGAAAGUUUUCCAGUAUUGAAAACUUUAAAGCUGAAUAUUUUUUAUUUCCAAGUAUUUAAAUGUUCCGACAGACCAGACCGUGAAAUGCCCUCCUAAAUAUCAGCUGUUUUCACACAGUAGCUCCAACACAUGGAGCAUUUUUUAAGGGAGUGGCCUAAUUUCACCAGAGACUAAAAUCUUUAAGAAUAGUCAUAAAAUUGGGCAUGUGAUUUCCUUCUCUGAUGUCUCCAGAUUGGCACUCCUUUGUAAUUCAGUACCUCCAUGAGAUUUAACCAAGGGCACUCAAAGCAAACAGUCCCAGUCUUUCUAUAAAAUGUAUUCGAGCAAACAUUAAAUAAAUUUUUGGGAUAUUUAA